GCCAGAAAGUACUCAAAAAUAGUGCAAGUUAAUGGGAAAGAGUUUAAAAUGCCAGCUGGCUUCGAAGAGCCUCAAUAUGAUAUGGACCAUAUUCAGAAUUCUUCCAAAGUUCUCUUAGUUAGGCAUGCAAAUACUCUUUUCAAUCUUGCCUAUGUUAAGAUGCUUCAUGAAAAAGGAUUUGGGAAGGAAGUCUGUGAGUUCCUCCAAGACGAAUCUUACAGAGACACACCUCUGUCAGAAUUCGGAAUAGAGCAAUGAAAUUAUGCCUCAAAGUAUGCAAAUCAACUUGACAUUGAUCUUGUCCUGAUUAGCCCAAUGAGAAGAACUCUUCAGACUGCUCACUAUCUGCUAAAACUUCAUCCUCAAAAAGAGGAUAUAAAAUAUGUUGUUCACCCAGGUUUCAGAGAACUCUUGUAUGGGUACAGCGAGAUAACAGAGAACUGGGAACAUAAGCUAAACAAUGAAUACAAACAUUACUUCCCUAAUCUCGACACAAGUAUGAUGGUAAAUCAGGAUGGAACUAUCAAUGAAUUGUUCUUUUGCCAAGAUAUGCAGGUUGAUUUGACUAAGCAGUUUGUUAAUAAGUCUCAGGAAGAGAUUGAGAAUAUCAUAAUGGCAUAUGCGAAGAAAAGGUUUCCUCAGAGCCCUGAAGAACUAGACUCUGCCUAUGAUAGAGUUCUAUCAAUGAAAAGGUACGUCCGGGAUUACAUUCAGACCAGAUGUUCGAAAUCCAGUCAGAAAAAGGUUCUGAUAAUCUCGCAUUCCAAUACACUUAGAUUCUGGAUUGGUGAUUGGUCUUCUAUGUCAAGACCUUACCAGAAGUUUCCAGAGGAUAUAUACUGGCCAAGGAACUGAGAAUUCUUUCCUGAUCCAGCCUUUGCUUAA